AUGGAAGUUUAUCAGCAAAUUGCCGAGAAAGGAAUCCUGCCGAAGCCCCGACCACUCAAGGACCGUACGGGGGGAAACAAGAACUUCUAUUGUGACUAUCACAAGGGCUAUGGUCACCAAACACAGGACUGUUUUGACCUGAAAGAUGCACUAGAACAAGCGAUAAGGGAGGGUAAACUAACAGAAUUCUCCCAUCUUAUAAGGGAGCCGAGGAGGCGUCAUCGCGACCAAGACGAAGAAGGCAAAACCCGGUCGGCAAAGCGGCGACAAGAGCCAGAAGACAGAGAUCACGGCCUCACCGUGAUAAACGUAGUGACGGCCAAAAACGCCGCGCCAAGGUCGCAAUCGGCGCACAAAAAAGAUGCUAAGGUCUUGGCGGUCUCCUCCUCGCUGGUGCGAAGCUCUAAGAAGCCCCCUUCCAUUUCUUUCGGCCCGAAAGACCAGUGGUUCGACGAGGCCCCUGAAAACCCACCCAUGGUCAUCACGGCCAGAGUGGGAACCGGUCUCGUCAAACGAAUCCUUGUCGACACGGGGGCACACUCGAAUAUCAUGUUUCGCAACGUGUUUGACGCACUGGGGCUAAUGGACGCCGACCUGUCGACUCACCAGCACGGGGUCAUUGGGUUGGGCGACCACUUCAUCAAACCUGAUGGAGUAAUAUCCCUGCCGGUCUCAGUGGGACAGGCUCAAGGCCGAAGAUCGGCGAUGGCCGAGUUUGUGGUCCUCCGAGAUUCCACCGCCUACAACAUCAUCUUGGGAAGGAAGACGAUUAACGAUGUUGAAGUGAUAAUCAACACAAAGCUGCUAGUUAUGAAGUUUGUUACCGAUGACGGAUCUAUAGGUCCAUAA